AACCACAAAAAUCGACAAGCAGUUUAACACAAAAAAACAAACGUAAAUAAAUAUCGAGAGAUACAAAAAUUCCCUCUAACCAAUGAAAUAUAUGACCGCCAAAUCAAUGAAAGAGAACUAAACGAAACCCGAAAUCGGACCCUGGACCAUCCUGAAAUAUAAACCCAAAAAAAAAAGUGAAAAAAAAGACGAAAAAAGCAAAACGAUAUAAGGAUUACAUUGAUUGCGAUUAAUGCAAAAACGAACAGCAGUGCAGAACGGAUGAGAAUUUUUUGUCGAAUUCCAUUUCCUCAACCAUCUGUACAGGAGCCGGAGCAGCAGCAACAGCACUAAAUUUCGAGGACCCGGAUUCCGUUUUUGCGGUAAACGGCCAGAGGGUCCCAUACACACACACACACACUCAUACACACACACAACAAAGUUUCAUUUCCAGUUAACCAAUUACAAAAUUCGCGUUUGAAUUCAAGUGAGGGGCCGCCCCUUGGUUACGAUCUUUGCGGCGCACCAGAUCCAAAUUUGGCAGCUUUUCAAACAAAAGAGAAAACAAAAAAAAAAAAAAAAAAAAAGAGAAAAUAUGGUUAUCAAUCUGAAUCCUUCAACCUCCUCCUCCUCCUCCCCCUCCUCCUCAUCCAAUAGCCACACUACAUCGAGUGGGAGUGGGAGUGGGAGCAGCGGCAGCACCAGCAGCAGCAGCGGCGGAAGCAACAAUCUAAUGGGAAUCAUAACUCAUUCAGCAUUUAAUGGCAUUAUCUAUUUACAAGUUUUGUGCGCUGGCGAUGCGUUUGCCAAAUGGAUUACCGUUCAGGAGGCGAUGGCAUAUUGCCCGAGCGGUGUGAUAGCCUAUACAAAAUUGCAAAUGAAUUACAUCUAUGGAGUGCCCAUGGAGUGGCUAUUUCACACCGAUUGACAAUCGUCUUGGUCCUUCAAGGAGAGAAUAUCUAAUUUUUCGGACUGGACUGGGGCGAAUUACCAACUGCAAUUGAGUACAAACAAGGACAUUUUUAGAGAGCAAACUAACAGAAAUUCACAAUAUAUACACACACACACACACACACACCACACAUACACACACCACACAUACACUCACACACGCAUCUAUUUGAUAAGUCCCCCUCAUGAUAAACAUCUGCCCAACAAUUCACACAUUUUAUUUACAAAAUUUCUAGUUCGAGUGUUCCAAAAAAAAAAAAUCCUAAGCCACAAAAAAAAAAGAAAAAAACAUAAGAAAUCCUUGCCAAAAAAACUGUAAAAAAUUGACAACAAAAUGUUUGAUGAUUGUAUGAUGAAAUAAAAUCUUUUUUAAUGUUGAACUAUAA